GGCGCGAAUUUAAGUAUGCUUGUGGAGGAUCAACAAGAAGUGGGGAAUCUUGGCGUGGCGUCUCGGCGUUGUGGGAAUUCUCUCUUCUUUCAGCUCUCCUUAAAUUUCUUUCAAAAUUUUCAGCUUUUACUCUAAGUUUCUACUCUUAAUAAAAAGCCAUACUUUUUUUUUUUACAUUCAUUUGUUGACUGGUUAUGGUUAGUUUGAACCAAGAACAAGACCCAGAUUCAGAUUUUCCUUUAUUUUGUUAGGGGAUGGUGAUGGCUGCUAACGUAGCUUAUGUUGGUGGCCAUUUGCAAUAUGGCGUGAACUUUUGCAGGGGACAAGGUUAUCAACAAGCUGUUUGGGUUCCUGGUGUGACAUUCAAUGGAUGCCUGCAGAGAGAGCAGUCAUGGUCGUGUGGGGUAUCCAAGUUUUUACGGAUCCAUAGGUGUAAUUUUUUUCAAUCUCCAGUGAGCGAAAAUUGGAAGUCCUUUAAGACAGUCACCACAUCAGCUUACUUGAGAGAUGGUUCAACAAAGUAUUUUGAUUUUGCUGUUAUUGGCAGUGGAGUUGCGGGUCUUCGUUAUGCUCUUGAAGUUGCAAAACAUGGAACUGUCGCAGUUAUCACAAAGGCUGAGCCUCAUGAGAGCAAUACUAACUAUGCACAAGGUGGUGUUAGUGCUGUGCUUUGUCCUUCAGAUUCCGUGGAGAGUCACAUGCAGGAUACAAUUGUAGCAGGGGCUUAUCUGUGCGAUGAGGAGACUGUCAAAGUUGUCUGUACGGAAGGACCUGAUAGAAUCAGAGAAUUGAUUGCCAUGGGUGCUUCAUUUGACCAUGGUGAAGAUGGAAAUUUGCAUCUAGCAAGGGAGGGGGGGCAUUCUCAUCACAGAAUUGUUCAUGCUGCUGACAUGACAGGAAGAGAGAUUGAGCGGGCUCUAUUAAAGGCAGUUGUCAAUGAUCCUAACAUUGUUGUGUUCAAGCACCAUUUUGCAGUAGAUUUGCUUACUUCUCAGGAUGGUUCUGACACAGUUUGUCAUGGAGUUGAUGCUUUGAAUACUAAAUCACAAGAGACCGUCCGCUUCAUUUCAAAGGUAACUUUACUGGCAUCAGGUGGUGCAGGGCAUAUCUAUCCAUCAACAACAAAUCCUCCGGUGGCGACUGGGGAUGGGAUGGCUAUGGCCCAUCGAGCUCAAGCUGUGAUUUCCAACAUGGAAUUUGUGCAGUUUCAUCCAACAGCCUUGGCUGACGAAGGCCUUCCUAUCAAGCCAAAGAAAACUCGAGAAAAUGCUUUUCUUAUUACCGAAGCUAUGAGAGGUGAUGGAGGCAUCCUCUACAAUUUAAGCAUGGAACGGUUUAUGCCCUUGUAUGAUAAGAGAGCUGAGCUUGCUCCAAGGGAUGUGGUGGCAAGAAGUAUUGAUGAUCAACUUAAAAAGCGCAAUGAGAAGUAUGUGCUGCUUCAUAUAAGUCAUAAACCCAGAGAAAAAAUUCUCUCCCACUUCCCUAACAUUGUUACUGAGUGUCUCCAAUAUGGCCUGGACAUCACUCGGCAGCCAAUUCCUGUGGUUCCUGCUGCCCAUUACAUGUGUGGAGGAGUCCGUGCUGGGCUCCAGGGAGAGACAAAUGUGCAAGGCCUGUAUGUGGCAGGUGAGGUUGCAUGCACAGGUUUGCAUGGAGCAAAUAGACUCGCUAGCAACUCAUUGCUUGAGGCUUUAGUCUUUGCACGAAGAGCUGUCCAGCCCUCAAUUGAUCACAUGAAGGGUUCUAGUCUUGAUCUUACUGCUUCUAACUUGUGGACCCGGCCUGUUGUCCCCAAAUCACUUGGGAGUGAUGUAAUGCAUAAAAUAUUGAGAACAACAAAGGAAGUGAGGAAAGAACUACAAUCGAUCAUGUGGAAGUAUGUUGGGAUUGUUCGAUCAACGACAAGACUACAGGCUGCAGAGCAGAAAAUUGGUGAGUUGGAGGCCAAAUGGGAGACAUACUUAUUUGAGCUUGGGUGGCAGCAGACAAUGGUGGCACUCGAGGCUUGUGAAAUGAGGAACCUCUUUUGCUGUGCAAAGCUGGUUGUGAGCAGUGCCCUUGCUAGGCACGAGAGCCGUGGGCUUCACUAUACGAUUGAUUUUCCUCAUUUGGAGGAGAGUAAGAGGUUACCAACAGUGAUUUUCCCCAGUUCCCAUAUGAUGAGUACAUGGAGUUCACGACAACUACACCAGCAGCCCAUGUAUUAGUCCAAAGUCUUCUUUUCAGUUUUCAUCUACCAAAAACUUGUAUGUAUUGCGUCAUGGUCAUUGGAAAACCUUUGGCAAGGAAAGAGAUGCCUUACAGCAUAUUUAGGGCACCUUUAAAUAUAAGCUAGGUUGUCCUUGUCCUUCUCCCACCCCUUUUUAAGUGUUUUUGAUUUAUUCCUAUAGAAAUAAAGAAAAAGUAUUCUAUUCACUCCCAGAAUGAUCAUGUCAUCCCUAAAGCAAGAUGAUGCUACAUUGUCAGGAUUCAGGAGUCUAUUUCUACAAGGAUCACGUCUCAAACUUCUCGCAGAACCGUAUGGAUAAGAAUGAAGAUAAGGGGAAGAAGUCUACAGUGGAAAUUGCCAGAGGUUUAUAGGAACCAACUUCUCCCCUGGAUUGACUAAUUGACUAUAAAUAAAUCCAUUUCAGCCUUACCUUGAAAUGUAUUGGCCAGGGAACUCUUGCUGUCAGAGGUUAUGGCCAAGUUUUCAAAAUUUCAAUUCUGCAAUGUUUACCAUAGUUAUGAACAUAGGGGGAAUAUUCCAAGUUCCACUGAGUCUAUCCUUGGCUUGGGCAACUUCUCAUCCCCUCCCCAUUUGGCCAAAAGGGAAAAAAGAAAAAGCAGAAAAGAAACUGUUACCUCCCUAGAAUUAAUA